AUGCAGCCAAAAGAAACAUUACAGAGCGUUAGAGAUUGGGCGAUUGCAUCCUUCCCGGACGAUUUUGCGAAGCUCGAGAACCUUUUGCGAUCCUUUAAUUGCAGAUUCUUCCCAUUCUACGCUCGGGACGACACCGCAGAAUUCUCACUGGGGGUCCAGGGCCUCCGAGUCGGCACUUCCAACAGCGAUGGUACCCCUAUCUACGCAUGGAACGGUCCGGAGUCCAUCUGUGUUGGCCACGAGUUUGAGACGCGCAAAUUUGAGCUGCAUACUGACAUUGCGAACCCAAAAAUCGACUUCACAGAGCCAUUCUCUUUCGUCGCUCCUGCCGAAGACGAAGUCAGUCUUGCGCGCUUCGAAACGCUUGUGCGAUACAUCCAUCUUAUGCGCCCGUCAGCAUACAUGAUCCGCAGGACCAGCUUCUUUAAAGAGCACUUCCCAAACGCGUGCAGGGACGUUGCUGAGCAUCUGGCCCGCAGAGCAUCUGAAACGCCAACUCGCUCACCUCGCGUCCCUCGAACUCCCAGGAUCUUCCGAUCUGCCUCGGCCCAAAUCACGCCACAACGCCCAAUCAUGCCAACAUCCCCUGGCCUAGCCAGUGGCGUGCUUCUGAGGAACUUGGAGCAGGCGUUUGGUUCCUAUCGAGCCUCGGUCUUCGGCCAGGUUGGUACUGCUCAAGCAACAAGUCGGCGCGAGACGGCGGAGCUCAGUGCCAAGAUUUGCGACCUCGAGCUCGAACUCGUGACUGCAGCGAACCGCACAAAGGAUAUCGGAACUCAGUCCACCGCGCUCAACACCAGGAUCCAAGAGCUCGAGACCGUGCUCCUGAACGUGGAGAAGGAGAAGACGGAUCUCGGUACCCGGUCCGCCGAGCUGAGCACCAAAAUUUCUGGCCUCGAGGCAAAGCUCGCCACUGCAGACAAAGACAACGAGGGUCUGGAGAAGGAGACUACCGAGCUCAAAGCCAAGAUUUGCGAUCUUGAGUCGGGGCUUCAGGGCGUUAACAAAGCCAAGAAGAAGACUGAACAGGCGGUCGCUGAGCUGAAGACUAAGCUGCGCGAGCUUGGGGCGAAGCUGAAAGGCGCGGAGAAAGACAAGAAGAGUACUGAGAAGGAGGCCAGCGAACAUAAAACUCGGAUCCGUGACCUCGAGGCAAGGCUGCAGGACGCGAAGAAGGAGGUGAAGAGCGUUGAGAAGAGGGCCACUGAUCUAGCGGAGAAGAUUGCUGAGGCUGAAGCACAGAAAAGUGAAGCAGAGAGGAAAGCGGAGACUUGGAAAAGUCGCUAUGAAGAGCUUAAGAAGGACGUCUUAGGCGCUGUGAUGAAGCCCGAGUGA